AAUUUCGGAGGAAUACUUCUUCAGCGUUCCGCGGGCGAUUUGACCCGGGAAGACCCUCUGGACUGCUAGCGAACCGAGCAAAAAUAUGGAAGGGUAUAAGUAGGAAAUAUUCGACAGUCAGUCUUGACGUGGCGGUUAACCAUGUCUGGUCUCCUCAAGUAUAUCGUCUAUGCUUUAUCUGCCUACACCGUUGCCGUCUCUGGAGAAAGCGUGAUCGUUCCAGGUGCGGCUUGGACGGACACAAGCGGGAAUAUCAUACAAGCUCAUGGGGCUGGUAUCCUAAAGGUCGGCUCGACCUUUUACUGGUUCGGAGAAGACAAGGCAGCAAACAGCGCUUUAUUCUCUGCGGUCUCAUGCUACACAUCCUCAGACCUUGUUAACUGGUCUCGUCAAACAAAUGCAUUGACUCCGACAUCAGGGACAAUGAUUUCCAGUUCAAAUAUUGUUGAGAGGCCCAAAGUCAUAUUCAACGAAAAGAAUCAAGAAUAUGUGAUGUGGUUCCACUCGGAUACUUCCAACUAUGGCGCCGCAAUGGUUGGUGUAGCGACAGCGAAAACUCCAUGUGGUCCAUAUUCAUACAAAUCGAGCUGGAAGCCGUUGGGAGCAGAUUCUCGCGACGAGGGUCUUUUCCUGGACACUGAUCAGUCUGCGUAUCUACUUUACGCAUCCGACAACAAUCAGAAUUUCAAGAUUGCACAGUUGGACACGAACUAUUAUAACGUCACUUCAGUAGUCUCCCAACUCAACGGCGCGACGUUGGAGGCGCCAGGGAUAGUGAAACGAGACGGAGCCUACUGCCUAAUUGCAUCUCACACAAGCGGUUGGGAUCCCAACCCCAAUAAAUUUUUCAAAGCAUCGUCUCUCUCUGGCCCCUGGUCGUCGCAAGCAGAUAUCGCCCCGGAAAGUACAAGGACUUACUUUUCCCAGAAUGCCUUUGAUUUGCCAUUGGGCUCCAAUGCUAUUUAUAUGGGUGACAGAUGGAGACCAUCCCUUCUGGGAAGUAGCCGCUACAUUUGGUAUCCCUUGGACUGGUCGUCUGGCUCACCUCAGAUCGUUCCUGCUGAUGUUUGGAGCGUUAACGUCAAUGCCGGGACCUAUACAGUGGCAUCUGGUACGGCAUAUGAAGCUGAAGCUGGAACAAUUUCAGGCAGCGCAACCGUCCUCAGCGAUUCAUCCUUCUCUGGCGGGAAAGCGGUUGGCUAUUUGGGCAACGGUGGUUCAGUAACUAUCAACAACGUCCAAGGAAAUGGUCAGGGACAAUGGGUCUCACUAUAUUAUGCAAAUGGCGAUUCAACUUGGAGGAACACUACUGUUAGUGUGAACGGCGGGCCAAGUACGGUUGUCGACCAACCUAAUACAGGUGGGGGUCAUGUCAUCCUUAGCGUGCCUGUCAAACUGGAUUUGCGAAAUGGCGCAAACUCGGUGACGUUUUCCGCCGGUCAAAGCAAUUAUGCCGCUGACUUGGACAAGAUUAUUGUCUAUCAGCAGGGAUGAAACAACUGCAAUCAGCUCAUAGUUGUCAAGGAGUUCUGAGAAGCAGUAGUUGUGUACUGUCAGUGUAGUACAAUGCCUGAACGAAUAUCCGGAAUAAAAGUUGUUAGUAAUGAUACGUCAUCAUCCC